UACGAUGGAAGAUGACACAACGUUCGAGCUGAUCAAGUGUGUUUCCUCGGUGUCGGAGGAUUCCAGUUGCUGUUGCCCAAUGUGCUUGGGAACAUUGGUUCAAGUUUCCUACCUCGAUAAAUGUUUUCAUAAGUUUUGCUUCAAUUGCAUUUUACGCUGGACCAAAGUUGUUGCUGGCAAGCACCGUUCUCCACCUUCUUCUGUGAAAUGCCCCCUUUGUAAGACAGAAAAUUUUUCUAUCAUAUAUGGAGUUGAUGGAAGUUGUUUUCAGCGACAUUGUAUGAAUAAGGAUUUUGAGGAUAGUUUUAUCUUAUCAAGAGCGCACAGAUAUAGAUUACAAUGCUAUUACACUGAACAAGGAUUUUUAGACGACACAUUCAAUAUAUCACAGUAUUGGAAAUCUCGUAAGUAUUUUCAACCAAACUGCUGGCUUCAAAGUUGGUUAAGAAGGGAAAUUCAAGCUCUUAUCCAGGAGGAGGAUGUGGACAUCAUUGUGCACGAUAUCCUUGGUGUGGUCAAACCAUUAUGGACUAGUAGAGAGCAGAAGUCACACAUAAAUGCACCUGAAAAGAAACAGGAGGAGUUCAAGAUGUCAGUCUCUGAAGCAGCGAGGCCUUUUCUGGCAGCAAGAACGGACAGAUUUGUAAAUGAGAUUCAACUUUUUCUUGCUUCAGGAUUGAAUAUAGAAGCUUAUGAUGCUGUUUACAUACAACGAUUAGGUUGGAGCUCACCUGGGGUAAACACUGAGGUUUCUCAAAGUGAAUUAACUGAUCGCACAACUGUGAUUCCAUACCUGUAUAUAUUUGAUGACGACUCUGAUGGAAAUGAGUAGAUUCCUUUUUCUGUUUUUCUCACUUAUUUGCUGUAAUUGCUGUAUAGUGUGAUUGUUACCCGAAUAGCAUCGGAGAAAAAAUUCAUAUAUCAAUAAGCGCUAUUGAGGGUUUGGAUCCUAAGCAGUUAUUUUAAAACUGCAGGAUGAGCAAUUAUCUAUCCAAGGGUCCAAAAUUGUUAACAUGCUUUUUAUUCAUAUU